AUGAGGAGCUUCAUUUUAACCACAACACUCCUUGUAACUUUGCUAUGUUUCCUCUCUCUCCCUAUUUCAACAAUUGGUUUACCAAAGAAACCGUGGCAUAAGCCGUUGAAACUAGCCUCUGGCCACCUUGGAGACUCCAAUGUUCGUCGUUCGGCUAGCUCUUCUUUAUCAGAGGCUAACGCGCCUCUAUCGUCUCCGGAGUUGCUACCGGGGUUUCCUAACAUCCCGGGACUUCCAAACAUCCCGGGAUUCCCCUUUAUUCCGGGACUUCCCAGCAUCCCGCAAAUACCAAACAUUCCAAGGAUUCCUAGUAUCCCACAAAUACCAAGGAUUCCUACUAUCCCACAAAUACCGAACAUCCCAGGGCUUCCUAACAUUCCAAGCCUUCCUAACCUCCCGGACCUUCCUAGACUCCCGGAACUGCCUCCUCUACCGCGAGUGAACUCUCGAGUUGUGUCCCAAUCGGCUGAAGUGGAGAAAUGCUUGAGGAAAGAUGGAUCAAAGACAUCAGAGAAAUGCUUUUCACAGAUAUUGUCGAGCUGGACAAAGAAAGAUUAUGCAUUGGACAAUGAGUGCUGUAAGAUCGUUGUAAACUUGGACAAGAAGUGCAAAAGCCAUGUUCACAUGUUGUUCAAGAGCCCAUUCUUCGUUCCUCUUCUUCGAUACUCUUGCCACAUCAAGCACUCCAAAUACUGA